AUGAUGACUUCAUCAUUGCCAACAGCAGAUCCAAGAGCCUCAGCCAAGCUACGCAAGUCCUGUGAUUUGUGUGCAGCUACCAAACUUGGAUGCACAAAAGAGAAGCCGAGCUGUGCUCGCUGUGCCAAAAGACAUCAUCCUUGCGUGUAUAGUGCCGCAAAGCGUGCAGGUCGUAAAUCUGGUAUAAUCCAAAACAAAGCACGAAGAGAUUUGGCGUUGAGAAUAACAGCAUCUCCAAGUCCGACAUUUACAUCUGCACCUACAAGUGAUACCACCAAUCCGUCUACGCCGAAAGGUAGUGAAAUAUAUCCAUCGCUAGAUCUCAAGGGACAAUUAUGGAGAGAGCCUCAUAGUUUAGGCUAUGACCCAGGUUGUGGAGGAUACCAAUGGUUCUCCUCUAUCCUCUCGUCACAUCAACCGCAUCCCGAUAUUUUCGGAGCUUUGAGGUCGCUAGACGAGAACUGCCCUGAAUUUAUGCCCGCCAAUUCCUUCCCUGAACUGAACGAUCUCUUUGCAUCCAAUGCAUCGUCCAUCUCACCUCCCUUAGAUAACCAAGAUGAUGCGGCUGAUUUUUUUGACUUCACCAUUGAAGACAACCCUAUAUGCUUAUUCCCUGCACCUAAACCCAGUACAUUACCUACUCCUCCCACAUCUACAUUGCUGACUCACCUCAAUGCAUUCCCGUUGAUUACUAGUGCAGCCUCUGAUCCAUGCCAAUGCUUAGCUCGUGCUCUUGGCCUCUUAGCCGGACUCUCCCCGGGAAAUCCAGGAUGCAGAAACUGUUCCGGUUUAUUAGGCCCGGAUAUGCCUACAUUUGAGCGGGUUCUUGCUCAAAACGAAGAGACGAGUGAGACAGUUCGCACAAUUCUGCAGUGUAGCUGCGCCAACGACAGUCAUAUCCUUAUGAUUCUGUCUCUUGUAGUCUUCCGAAUUAUUGCCUGGUACACUGCAGCUACAGGAGCGGCAUUAGGCGACGACCCGUUAGAACCAGUCUUGCAGGGCCCAUCAACGGAAGACUGUGAAUACGAGGACGAAAAGCGCAUUACUGUGCAGCGGAUUCUCUCCAAGCUCGCCGGUGUGCAGGCAUCCAUCGAUCUUCUCUCGCAGCGUCUACACAGAACAUCUAAGUCCACUGGGGAACAGGUCGGUGACCCACCGUUACAGAUGACCGGCUCCCUCGCAGGAGGAAAAAAUGCAUUUCUGGAGCCAUUUUCGGUUGAAAUGGGGAAUGAUCUGGAGACAGAUUUGCGGAAGCGUCUUUGCAACCUGUCAAGAGCCAUUGUGGAGCGACUACGGAAGCGAUAA